AUGAACAUGGUGUCUUCAAGGAAAAAAGAUGUUAAAAAGCUGCUAGCUUUUUGUGAUCCGAACGAUGAGUCUCAGAAGUUUUAUGACGAAAUGUUUGGCGCAAAUUCAGUUCCUGUGAAUGAAAAUGAUGAUAUACCUAAGACAAAUAUUUUCUCCCACAUUUUUCAUUUGUAUAAGAAUAGUUUCGAGGAUAGAAAACAAGCUACUGACGGGCUCCUCAAAUUAAAGAUUGUUUAA